AUUUCAAUUAUAGUGAACGAAUUGAAAAAGAGAAUAAACCCUAGAAAGGGUUUUCGUAACACAGAAAAGAGGAGAAAUGCGAUCUGAAAAGAGAACGAUAAGUAUUGAUUUGCAGGGAUUAUUGUAGCGCAGAAAAAAAGAGGAACGCGAUCUUCAAAAGGAAACGAGAAGUCAUUGAUUUGCAAAUUGUAGAAAUGGACAAGAGCAUGCUUGGAGAUUUGGCCAACAUGCCAGAGGAAGAUCAACAGAGAAUGUCCAACAUGAUUGAUCAGCUUCAAAUUAGAGACAGUUUGAGGAUGUAUAAUUCGUUGGUGGAAAGGUGCUUCAAUAAUUGUGUUGAUAGUUUUCGACGCAAGACUUUGGACAAACAGGAAGAAACAUGUGUUCAGCGGUGUGCAGAGAAAUAUUUGAAACAUUCUAUGAGGGUCAGUCUGAGGUUUGCUGAGCUUAAUCAAGGAAGCCCAACUCCUGACUAAUUGUUUAUUUAAGAUUACAAACAAUUGGCGUAACUUGACUGUCAAAGUACUUUUCAUGGAUUUCUGAACUGCUGAGUUUUGGAACCAAACUCUUUCAUUUACCUGAUCAGUUAGCAUGAAGCUCCAAUAUUCGAUGAUUUCUUUUUUGGUUAUUAGAAUUUUUAUUCAUGUUGUAAUGUUGACACAACAUUGAGGGUAUUCUAUUGUUUGGGGGGCAAGCAGAAAAUGAAUUAUCUGCACCUUCCAUUUUUUUUAUGAACAUGGUUUGCAUUGUCUUCUAUUUAACUUAUGAAGUCAUGGUUCAAUUGAUACCCUUUUGACAUUA